AUUGAAUCUAAGUUGAAGACUUUGAACGUGCGGGUUUUAGAGAGCAAAGAUGAUCAAGAGCGAGCCAUCUCUCUCAAACCCGAAGAUCCGGCUACUGGAAUCGAGGAGGGAACUGUUGGUGAUUCGGUUGACGCCGGCUUCAGAUUUGCCAAGCACAACACCUAUAUCUUGUCGAUCAAGGAAGAGGACAGUCAAACUGAGCGGGGAGAUGAAGAUAGUUUUGAUAAUGAACAACCACCAAGUCCUCCUAUGCAUUUAUCUGCAGGGCUUGAGAUUGAUAAGUUCGAUAUAUAUGGUAAAGAAAUCAACUUCGAUUUACCGAGUUUCGAUGAUGAGAGUUGUGGUGAUUACUACAAGAGAAUGCUCGAUGAGUAUCCAUCACAUCCUUUGCUUCUCAAAAACUAUGCCAGUUUCUUGGAGCAAAGGGGAGAUCUUAAGGGAGCAGAAGAGUAUUAUCAUAAGUGUACUGAAGGUUAUCAUAAGUGUACUGAAGUUGAGCCUAGUGAUGGAGUAGCUUUAGCAAACUACGGUAGAUUAGUGAUGCUACUUUGA